AUGGAAUCACCAACUGCAGCAGCAUCUUCCAUUUGUGAAACACCACAAACUCCCACAACCCACGCGGCUACAGGAUCUAUAAAUUAUAGUGGAAGCUCGCCAGGCACUCCUACCACCCCGGUUUCAGUCGUAUCACGCUCGAAAUCUUAUCAAACAAUUCCGAUCUCCGACUCCACGCCUAUUCACAGCUUACCAGUCGAGUUGCUUCUCAAAAUAUUCUCACAUCUGGACUACAAAUCCAUAACACGAUCUACGCAAAUAUGUCAGUUAUGGUGUGAGCUGUUAUAUGCAGCUCCAGAGUUCUGGACGAGGCUCGAUCUAUCGAAUCGGUUUGCUAUGGGAAGUGAGAAGCCUGUUAUUACUUCACCAAUUGAAAGGACGUUGGAAUUACUGCUGACUGCAGGACCAUCCGCUCCACGAUUUGCAAAACUCAAGCACUUGUCCUUGUCGUGUACGAAUGUGGAUUUAGAAGUCUUUGGCUUGUCACAGUUUAGUUGUCCUGCAUUCAAGUCAUUGACGCACUUGUCUCUGAACGGAUGCUCAAGUGUAGAACCUGGCUCUCUAAUGUACUUGCAACAUCUACCUUCACUGACAAGUCUGGAUCUAAGCCACUGUGAACAAGUCGAUGAUACAGCGCUCGAAGUCGUGUCGUAUAGCUGCCCAAACCUAACACAAAUUAACCUGUCAUACCUCUUCCGAAUUACUGCCUUUGGGAUCAAUCGACUCUUCCGUUUACCUAUAGAAUCAAUAAACAUUAUGGGAUCGCCACGAGUAAAAACAUAUCCAUGGGGCCUAGAAAGAUCUUCUAAAGCCAUACUCCCAUUGAGAGAGCUUCAGAUUGGUGAAGAUGCUAAAGUGCAAGGUCGCGGAUACUGGCUAGUUUGGUGUGUCUUUACAUUCUCGUUUUCGACACUCAGCCAAAUCUGUCCGCAUCUUGAAGUACUCAAACUUAAUUGUGUAAUAUUCGACAGUGAACCCAACGCGCUAUCUCUGUUAUUCGCUGGCUGCCAGAAGCUCAAGCAAUUGAGUUUGGUCGUUGAUCGAGCAUCCAUUCCCAUAUUAGUAGAGCAUGCAGAACGUAUGAAGAAACUAGACACCCUCGAAGUCACAGUCCACAUUGGAGUUAGUGCAGACUUGGUGACGAGUUUGGUGGACUCCAAGGCCCUGACGAAACUCACCGCCUUGAAAUUCCAUUCCAAACACACCAGUGUAGUAGCAAACGAUGCAACCUUCUCGAAUCUGAUUGAGACAACAUCGAAAUUGGAGUACUUGGAACUCAAUGCUUCCGAGCUGUCUCCCACUGGAUUAUCACCACUAGCCACAGCAACUGCACCCAAAUUGACUUCGUUGCUACUGCACCAUGCGGCUAUAGCUCCCGAAACAUGCAAACAGCUAGCAGCUGGAUUCACUACUCUCCGGGAAUUGGCCAUCUCGAAUCUGUCAUCUCGAUUAUCAAAUGGUGGCAGUACCCGAUUGUCGUAUUUAGCUCCACUAGCAGGAACACCAAUGACGAAAACACUACGUAAAUUAGAAUUGAGUGCUCAUCGAGGAUUCUCCGAUCACGAUUUGGCUAAGCUUGUCUCGUCAUUGCCAACGCUACAAUGGGCCGAUUUAUCUUUUGCUUUUGUGUAUAUAAAGACCCUUGACGCUCUCGGAACUACCUGUACUGGACUACUGUAUCUCCGUCUAGCACGUUAUCCACCUCCCGUGACUCCACGGCCAUCUACAGCAGCAGCUUCUCGACCAGCUGGCGGAAUGGUAACCGCAACACCCAAUAACAAUCUAGAUGCCGCUAUAGUAGCUACCCCAGGUGACGAUGAACGCCUAUCCAACAUCCAAUGGGCCGCUUUACGGGAAUCCGAUCGUGCCAAACCACCAAAAUCAGGCUCAAAAGCUCUAGUACAUUUCGCUAAAACCUACGGUCAAAAGCUGCGAGUCUUUGACUUGAGUGGUAAUGUAGGAUUGAAUGAUGAUACUCUGGUUCAGCUAUCUGGUUUGAAACAAGUACAUACGUUGUUUGUUGAACAGAUUGGGUCGAUAUCGUCAAAGGGACUGGUACACUUUUGUGAGACAAAAUAUGGAUCUUUGCGACGUGUCUAUUUGAGAGGGUGCCGCAACGUCAAGCUCAGUUGUAUUGACGUGAAUUUCUUAUCACGGGGCCUUGAAGUUGAAGUGGUGUUGGAUGGUACUAGAGUAGGUGCUGGUGGUGCUGCUUCUGGGACUAUUGUUGGACUGUAG